CGGCUGCGCCCGCCUAAGCGGGGUUGCGUUGACGACUAAUUUCUUGACGUUGUCGCGGCAGCCGCCGUCGUCCCAGACCCGGUGGGCGGCAGUGGCGGCGCGCGUCGUCACCUCGGCCUCUUUGCGCUCCUGAAGCGUGCCCCUGGGCUAGGGUGCAAACAUGAACGCCAACCACUUGGAUGGGGACGAGUUUGAUGAGCAGUUGCGAAUGCAAGAAUUGUACGGAGACACCAAGAACGGCGACAUCCAGAACGAUCCCGGUGGGGAAACCGAUUCUUUCGGGCAGCAGUCGACUGACACCCCCUACGAGUGGGACCUGGACAAGAAGGCUUGGUUCCCCAAGAUCACUGAAGAUUUCAUUGCUACAUACCAGGCCAAUUAUGGCUUUUCUAAUGAUGGUCCAUCUAAUUCUACUGCAAACGUACAGCACAUCAAUACUAGGACUGCAGAGGAACCUCCACAAAGAAAAACCCCUGAGCCCUCUGAUCCCAGAAAGAGGGGAGAAAAAAGAAAGACUGAGUCAGGUUGGUUUCAUGUGGAAGAAGACAGAAAUACAAAUGUAUAUGUGUCUGGUUUGCCUCCAGACAUUACAGUGGAUGAAUUUAUCCAACUUAUGUCCAAGUUUGGCAUUAUCAUGAGAGAUCCUCAAACAGAAGAAUUUAAGGUCAAACUUUACAAAGAUAAUCAAGGAAAUCUUAAAGGAGAUGGGCUUUGCUGUUAUUUGAAGAGAGAAUCUGUGGAACUUGCAUUAAAACUUCUGGAUGAAGAUGAAAUUAGAGGCUACAAAUUACAUGUCGAGGUGGCAAAGUUUCAACUGAAAGGGGAAUAUGAUGCGUCAAAGAAGAAGAAGAAGUGUAAAGACUAUAAGAAGAAGCUGUCUCUGCAACAAAAGCAGUUGGAUUGGAGACCUGAGAGGAGAGCAGGGCCAUCUCGGAUGCGCCAUGAGCGAGUUGUCAUCAUCAAAAAUAUGUUUCAUCCUAUGGAUUUUGAGGAUGAUCCAUUGGUGCUGAAUGAGAUCAGAGAAGACCUUCGAGUAGAGUGUUCAAAGUUUGGACAAAUUAAGAAGCUCCUUCUCUUUGAUAGGCACCCAGAUGGUGUGGCCUCUGUGUCCUUUAGGGAUCCAGAGGAAGCUGAUUAUUGUAUUCAAACUCUUGAUGGAAGGUGGUUUGGCGGCCGUCAGAUCACUGCCCAAGCGUGGGAUGGGACUACAGAUUAUCAGGUAGAAGAGACCUCAAGAGAAAGGGAGGAAAGGCUGAAAGGAUGGGAGGCUUUCCUCAACACUCCUGAGGCCAAUAAAGGCCUUCAGCGUUCCAAUUCCGUCUGUGCUUCAGAAAGGGCAGGGCCUUCUAGAAUAAGGCAUUUUUCAGAACACCCUAGCACAUCUAAAACGAAUGCUCAAGAAGCUGCAACUGGAAUGGCAUUUGAAGAACCUAUAGAUGAGAAGAAGUUUGAAAAGACACAAGAUGGGGGAGAAUUUGAAGAAGAUGCUUCUGAAAAAGAUGCCAAAGAAGGUGGUCCCCAAAAAGAGACAGAAGAAGGCUGCCCCGAAAAAGAGUCUGAAGAGAGCAGUCCUAAAAAGGAGUUGAAAGAAAAUGGCCCUGAAAGAGAAUCUAAAAAGAAAAUACUCAAAUACGAUUAUGAAGAGAAUGGCCUUGCCAAAGAGUCUGAAGAGGAGGCUGGCCCCAAAAAAGAGUCUGAGGAGGACGACUCAGAGAGAGAGUCUGCCGAAGACUGCUCUGAAAAACAGUCAGAAGAAGGUUCCGAAAAAGAAUUAGAAGAGAAUGGUCUUGAAAAAGAUUGUGAUGAGGAUGGCUCCGAAAAGGAGUCUCAUGGAAACGUUCUUGACAAAGAGUUUGAAGAAAAUGACUCUGAAAACUCAGAAUUUGAAAAAGAUGGCUCCGAGAGAGUGUUAGAUGAGGAAGGCCCGGAGAGAGAAUCUGGUGAAGACUCCGAUGAGAAGGAAGAAGAGGAAGAAACAUAUGAAAAAGUGUUUGACGAUGAGUCCGAUGAGAAAGAGGGUGAAGAUGUGGAUGAGAAAGGGCUUGAAGAUGCUGAUGAAAAGGAGGAAGAAGAGGAUGCAGAUGGAAAGCUGUUUGAAGACUCCGACGAAAAGGAAGAUGAAGAUGCAGAGGGAAAGGGAGAUGAAGAUGUAGAUGGAAAGCUGUUUGAAGAUGACGAUUCCAAUGAGAAGGUGUUUGAUGAGGAGGAGGAUUCCAAUGAGAAGUUGUUUGAUGAUUCUGAUGAGAGGGGGACUUCGGAUGGUUUGGGGAAUGCUAAGGAAGAGGGGCCCCCGUCCACAGGCAGCAGCUUUGUCCUCAGUAGUGAUGAUGAUGAUGAUGAUGAUGAUAAUGAUAUUUAAUCCCUUCAACUUGCUUUUUAGGGAGUCCCCCAUCUACAUUUGCCUGUGCUUCAGGGUAAUUACUAGUAGUGUUACACGAACAUGUGCAUAGUGGUAGGAUGCCAACAGAUUAACGCAUUGAAGUGUUUUCAUUGUUACCUGUACCUGUUAGUUUUAAAUAUAUGUUCAUUGGCUGUUCAGUUUAAAACUUCUUAGUCACAUGCAAGUAAACUGGAUACUUGUCCUUUUGUCAGUUUUGUUAAAUGCAUGCAGAAUAAUAUUUUUAAAAGUAUUGAAGUUUGUGAUAUUCAGAAAUAAAAAUAAGUUGAUAAUAUGCAGAAACUGGAAAGUGGACUUGAGUUAAAUUGCAUUUUAAAUUCAUGCUGUUGCUUCAUUCAUACUAAAGGUUGGAUUUUCUAGGGACUUAAAAAAUCCCUUAGGAGUCUCCUAGCUUCCAGCUUGUGUUACCACAUUUGUCCCCAUUUCCCCUCUCUAAACCAGAGCAUGUUCUUAAACUUAUAAAGGAAAUAGCACUUUGGAGGUUUUCCUUGCCCAAUCCUUGCAAGUUAACUUUUGUUUUCUACCCUCUUUCCAUUAAAAUUUGCUUUUAGAUUUGCAAAAGUGAACUUCCCGUGGUUCAUAGCUUUCAUUAUUAUUGAAAAUAUAGAGGAGAUUAGAAUUCUACUGUGUGCUGUUUCUUAGCUUCUUUGGGCCCCUUUAGAAGUUGAUUAAAGUUAUGGGACCCCUCCGCAGAAAAAUGUACACACACACACACACACUACACAGCUUCUUGUGUACAGUUUGGAGAGGUUCAUGGAUCCCUUGAAGUUUCAGAACUUUUGUCAUUCAUACUUCAGUUUGUUUUUGUUUUAGAAUCAUGGUGCCUAGUUCUGUGCAAAGUUGUAUAGUCCCAAUAAAAGUGUGGGUCUUUCCUGAUUGUGCUUUCCAAAUUCAAUAUUGAUGAAUUUACUUCUGAUGUAGCAUUAAGAAGUUAUUCUCAUAAAUUAGAAGAUAAAAAUAAACUGCAUUGGUUCUCUUUCA